AUGAGUUCGAAAGAUAUACCGCCUCUAGCCUCUUCAUUCUGGCCAAUUUUCUUGAAGUCUCAGUUAUCUCACAAGGCUCAGUUCCCACCGAAUGAUACCGAUCUCUCCGGAAAGGUCGCCAUCAUCACCGGAGGGAACCAGGGCCUUGGUCUCGAAUCCGCACGUCAAUUUCUCUCAUUGAACCUGUCCUACCUUAUCAUUACUGUACGUUCCGAGGAGAAAGGGAAAGCUGCGGCCUCAAAACUUCAAGCAGAGCACCCCAAUGCCACCAUAAAGGUGUGGAUGCUAGAUAUGUGCUCAUAUGAUUCAAUUCAAAAAUUCGUCAAGCGUGCGGAGAGUGAGCUACCACGCCUAGACAUCGCUAUCCUUAACGCUGGGCGGUCAAAGAGCGAGUUCGAACUGGUCCCUAGCACCGGUCACGAGGAGACCAUGCAAGUUAACUACCUUUCAACAAUCCUUCUUUCUUUUCUGCUGCUCCCUAUUCUGAAAAGCAAGUCUCCGCGAGGAACUCCAGGCAGACUGUCUAUUGUUAGCUCAGGAACCACUCUCUUGUCAAAAUUCUCGAACAGCCAGCAGUCACCCCUCUUGAAAUCCUUCGAUGACACCAAAACUGGCCCAAGUGCGGGAAUGCAGACUUAUAGUACGUCAAAAGUGCUGUGUCAAAUGUUUGUCUACAAACUCGUCGAUCUUGUGUCCGCAGACGAUGUGGUCGUAAACCUGGUGGAUCCAGGAAUGACCAGGGGGACGGGAUUAAACCGCGAUGUGCCCAAAAUUGUGAGGGGCUUAGUUCUUCCGGCGCUGCUUGCGAUAUCUCGCACGGUAACGGAUGGUGCUUCUGCAUAUUUGGAUGCCACUGUCGUGAAAGGAAAAGAAUCACAUGGGUGUUUCUUGAUGGAUUGGGAGAUCCGGCCGUUCCCUGCUCUUCUAUACACGACAAAAGGAAACACUACCAUUGAAAGAUUGUGGCGAGAGACAUUGAAUGAGUUUUAUUUCGCUGAUAUUCCAAGCAUAUUGGAGACCAUGAAGAAUUGA